UCCCUUAACCCUUGCUGGAACAUCUCCAGUGCUGGGGUUGGGGUUCUGGGUUGCUUUUCCCCCCAGCACCCCAUGCUGAGCUCUAUCCUGCAGUGACCGGAGAGGAUUGAAAGCAAUCUGGCUUCAGAGCAGCGGCUUGGAGGCAAAUCCUCAAUCCCAUUACUUGUUCCCUGGCAGUCCCUGUGUGGAACUGGGGUACCAGGGAUGUUACCAGAGCCUCUGAGGCUGCUGCCCAAAAGGCAUCACCUUGGGAAUCAAUAUACCUGUUGAAUUCCAGCUGCCUUGUGUGCCAUGGCUGCAGUUACACGGAUAUAAAGAUCCCUUUCACUGCUGCAGCUACUUCCACGUGGAAAGUGGGAUUUCUGUUCCUGCAGAGCCACCUUUAUACCAACAUACUCGUGUCAGAGGCCCCAGUCAUGUAAACACGUUGGGAUCUCCGGGAGGCCCCUGGGACCUUGAUGUGGGUGUGAUUUUUAUUUUUUUUUUUUAUUUUUAUUUUUUUUUUGGUGGUUUACAUUUUUCCAACGGAUGAAUUUGGGAGCAGCACACGCUUGACCCCGCUCCAAGCUGGCUGUGCUGAGGCCCUGCUGAAGGAUGCUCUGGCCACAGAAAAACCCCCGUGGCAGGGGAAGGACCUCCACUCGAGGACAAAGACGCCCGACCAAGGAAAAUUCCAGAGGCUCUCCAGCCCUGCCUCCCUGGGAAAGGGAAGCGGAAUAAACACUUUUCUCGCUGGUGUGUGAUGAAAGGCUUUUAUCUCCGAGGGGAGGAGGAGAUGCAACUCUUCCCAAGUUUUGUCUGCAGGGCUGUUCCUGCUCUAACAAGCUGUGAAGCAACAAGUCCAGGGGCCUGGUGAGGUCCGGGCUGGGACAGGGGCAGCCUCACAGAGGCACGUUCAAGGCUUCCUUUUGGUUUUUGUUGGGUUUUUUUUUUCACUCUCUGACAUCCAACUGCUGCUCCCCUUCUCCCUCCGUGCAGCAGUGGGAGCCAAGGCUGGGGAUCCACACGCUCCUGCCCUGCCCUGCCCGUGUCCAGCCGAGCCUGCUCUUAUCACAAAUCCCUUUUUUCUCCCCGCAGUGCAAACACUGCUCCUUGCUGUUCUCUCACCUCUCCUCCUCCCUCUUUGUUUUCUGUAAAUCCCUCACUCUGUUUCUCUCGUGCUUCGUGGGGUUUUUGUUUUGUUUCCAGCUUGUGUUGUUCAUCUUAAAAUCUCUUUUUUUUUUUCUAUUUUUUUUAAUCCAGGCUGAAGAAAACUGAGCAUUAUCAAUGCUUCUCUUUUGGUUUCCUUUUUCCCCCCCUUCAGAGUGUUGUGUAAUCAUCGGAUCCUUUUAUUCUGUAUCUGUAAAUAGACAAAGGAACUUGUACAGGGAGUUUUUCCUGGAGUAGCUGUUCACAGUUACCUAUUGAAAUGAAUCUCACAUGCAAACACGUUUAUUCCACGCAGAUGUACCAACCCACCCCUCCUUUACUUCAAACUUGCACUCUGGUCGUUCACAAUGCCUGUAAAAGUUAAUUGAGGAAGAGGAUAAAGGGGAAUAUUUGUGCAGGUAAAGCUUGUGGUUUGUACCCAUGCUGGGAGGGCUGUGGAUCCAGUGACAGCAUUCCUGGAGGGAUGAAACCCUAAGGCUGGGAAAAGGAAUAUCUGAAGCCAGCAUAAAAACAAGCACUGAAGGGAAUUCCCAGGAGAGGACUUUUGCAGGAGGUGGAGUCUGAUGAAGUUCCAGUGGACUCGGGACCUGCCAUUCCCGGAUGAAUCCCCGGAUCUGUCUGGGUGGAUCUCACCUGCCCAACCUGGAGCAGAGCGGGUUUGCUCCGUGUCUGGUGCUCUGUGUCCAGAGGGAACAUCAUUUCCUUGCUGGUGGUGGAUGUUUCCUCCUUUCACCUGCAGAGGAUCAAAGUUCCAGGCAGGAGAGUGAGAGGAGUUUGACACGAUGCGGAUCCGCUCCCUCCAAGCUCUUCCCUCUUCCUCCAUGGGAAGAGCCCGAGUGGACAGACAAUUCUUGGCUCACAGACAUGGCUGACAAGAACAGCACCCUGAAAUGCACGUUCUCUGCUCCUGGCCACAGCACCACUCUGCUGCAGGGACUGGCCUCGCUCCGAGCUCAGGCUCAGCUGCUUGAUGUCAUCCUCACUAUAAAUAAUGAAGUGUUUCAGGUUCAUAAAGUUGUCUUGGCUGCCUGCAGUGACUAUUUCAGGGCAAUGUUCACGGGCGGGAUGAGAGAGGCCAGCCAGGACGUGAUCGAGCUGAAAGGUGUGUCUGCAAAGGGCCUGAAGCACAUCAUCGACUUCGCCUACAGCGCCGAAGUGACUCUCGAUCUCGACUGCAUCCAGGACGUGCUGGGAGCCGCCGUCUUCCUCCAGAUGGUGCCCGUCGUGGAGCUCUGCGAGGAGUUCCUGAAGUCUGCCAUGAGCGUGGAGACGUGCCUCAACAUCGGGCAGAUGGCCACCACCUUCAGCCUCUCCUCCCUGAAGGAAUCCGUGGACGCCUUCACUUUCAGGCACUUCCUGCAGAUCUCCGAGGAGGAGGACUUCCUCCACCUGCCCCUGGAGCGCCUGGUGUUCUUCCUGCAGAGCAACAAGCUGAAGAGCUGCAGCGAGAUCGACCUGUUCCGCGCCGCCGUGCGCUGGCUGCAGCACGACCCCGCGCGCCGCGCCAGCGCCAGCCGCGUCCUGUGCCACAUCCGCUUCCCGCUCAUGAAGUCCUCGGAGCUGGUGGACAGCGUGCAGACCCUGGACAUCAUGGUGGAGGACGUCCUGUGCCGCCAGUACCUGCUGGAGGCCUUCAACUACCAGAUCCUGCCCUUCCGGCAGCACGAGAUGCAGUCCCCGCGCACGGCCAUCCGCUCCGACGUGCUGUCCCUCGUCACCUUCGGCGGGACGCCCUACACGGACAACGACCGCACCGUCAGCGCCAAGGUCUACUGCCUGCCCGACGCGGGCGGCCGCCAGUUCAAGGAGCUCACGGAGAUGGAGGUGGGCAGCAGCCACUCCUGCGUGGCCGUGCUGGACAACUUCGUCUACCUGGUGGGCGGGCAGCAGCUGCAGUACCGCAGCGGGGAGGGGGCUGUGGAUGUCUCCUACCGCUACGACCCGCACCUCAACCGGUGGCUGCGCAUCCAGGCCAUGCAGGAGAGCAGGAUCCAGUUCCAGCUGAACGUCCUGCGCGGCAUGGUGUACGCCACGGGCGGCAGGAACCGCUCGGGGAGCUUGGCCUCCGUGGAGAAGUACUGCCCCAAGGACAACGAGUGGACCUACGUGUGCUCCCUGAAGCGCAGGACGUGGGGCCACGCCGGGGCCACGGCGGGGGACAGGCUGUACAUCUCGGGGGGUUACGGGAUCUCCGUGGAGGACAAGAAGGCCCUGCACUGCUACGACCCCGCCGCCGACCAGUGGGAGUUCAAGACGCCCAUGAACGAGCCCAGGGUGCUGCACGCCAUGGUCAGCGCCAACGGCCGCGUUUACGCCCUGGGCGGGCGCAUGGACCACGUGGACCGCUGCUUCGACGUGCUGGCCGUGGAGUAUUACGUGCCCGAGACCGACCAGUGGACCACGGUGAGCCCCAUGCGCGCCGGGCAGUCGGAGGCCGGCUGCUGCCUGCUGGAGAAGAAGAUCUACAUCGUGGGGGGUUACAACUGGCACCUGAACAACGUCACCAGCAUCGUGCAGGUCUACAACACCGAGACCGACGAGUGGGAGAGGGACUUGCACUUCCCGGAGUCCUUCGCCGGGAUCGCCUGCGCUCCCGUCAUCCUGCCGCAGGCGCCGAGCCAGAGGUGACCGCCGGCCCCGGGCUCCCCUCGUGGUGCCCUUUGCUGCCUGCAAAUGGUGUGUUUUUGGGGGAGAGGGGAGGAGAAAACCAGCUCAGGUGCCCCGCUCCGUGGAGUCCCUCCUCCCGUGGGGUCGUGGCGAGCGCGGCCCGGCAGCGGCACUCGCCAGCUGGUCACGCCGAGCAGAUGUCACAGCUGGGAAAGGCUCUUCCCUCUCCUCUCCGGGUUUUUUUUUCACUGGGAGGGGGGUGCAGGCUCUUCUCUCCCCUCUCCGGGUUUUUUUCCAUCGAGGGGGGGAGCAUUUUGCCAAAUUUUUCUAUUUUUAUCGCCGUUCCGCGCUGCAAACGGUGGCGGCUCAGGAGUUCACUCAGCGCUGGGGUCUGUUUCAGACAGAUCAGGUGUUUCUUGCUUUUUUGGUUUUUUGUUUUUUGUUUUUUUUUUAUUAACAGCUCCCAAAAAAACAAACGAACGAACAAACGGGAAAAUCGUUGUGUUCGUUGUGGGUUUUUUUAGCGGACAAAAAAAAAAACCAAACAGCCAAAACCUGUGUAACACGCUGACCUCCAGAAGCAAUAAAAGGGACGGUGGGAGCUACAAGAGCUCGGGUGCUUGGACUGUGAAAGCAUAUUCCCGUUUUUCAAAGGUGACUUUCCCUUUUUUUCCUCCCUGGAAAAAGGGAAUACUCAGCCCUGCACACCUCUGGUCUCCGUUGCUUGGAUCUCACCCCCUCCUUGCCCCCUCCAGACGCUCUGGUCCAGAAAUUCUCCCUCCCUCGGGGCCUGCAGAGUUUGCAGCACUAAAGCCAUGUCUGAAAGCUUGAUUAUGUAUAAACAGGCAUGAUUAUCUGGUUUUAUACCUGCCAAAAAACUUGGCUUCCCUGGCAAUAAGAGCUCUGCAAUCGUCCAUCUGGGCUGACCCACGGGGCCAAGAGCUCCUGCAGUCCGUGGGUCAGGACCUUCACCUUUCUGCUCUCACCAACACACCCUCAGCCAAACUCUUCCUGCAGCGAAGGAGGUGGGUGCUACUCAGUCAUCAGCCUGAAGGUUUUCUUCCUUGCCAUGGAAAUAAGACACCUGGCACGAUAAAAUGUUGGAAUUCUGAGCAGAACAGGGGUUUGUUGUCGCGGGGGGGGUUUUAAAUUCGAGAGAUUAAUUUUUAAGACGACUCCCGUCAUCUUUGCGAAGGACUGUUACUUCCUGAACUUCCCUUUCCUCCAAGCCAUCUUUCCUCUUUAAUUUGAUUAAUGAAUUGAAAGGUUCUCCUUUUGUCAGGAGUUCUGUUUCAAGGGCUUUGUUUUGUGUCUCUGUCAUGUUUGAGUUGGAUGCAGGCAGGCUCCCUUUCAGCGAGGCCGUUGCGUUCUGCUGGGAAAUAAAUCCCGGGCCGUAACCUUUCAGUGGCAACGUGUAAUGUCUGCUCUGCUGAUGAAUCAUUGAGAGGUCUGUGUGAAGCAUGAGCUCCACACCUUGGAGUCCCUGGAAGAGAUUUUUCUGGAAUGAUGGAGCCGAGGCAGCCCUGGGUAGGACGCGGGGAGGGCACGUGAGCUCGGGGGGAAACUCUGCACUCCAAAUUUCGGGUCAAAUGAUGCAUCACUUCAUCUGUUCCCGUCUGUUUGCUGGUUUGCCAAUAAUAAACUGAUGAAAAGUC